GUCCAUACACUUCGAGAUGUUGGAUGGCAAUUGGAUGACAUCACGAAGAUGCUCAACAUCUCAUGGGCUCAAGCUCAGUAUGCUGCCUCCUAUAAAGUGACUCCUAGGAAGCACCCAGGGUGUCCUCCAGUACUUAAUGAGGAGCAGAUAGAUGAGAUCGAGCUAUUCGUCGUCUCUAGCAAGACUAGAAGACUGAUGAGCUACCUAGAGCUCUCAGUACAAUUUUCCGAAUUAUAG